GAGAAAGUUGACCCUUAGGCGCACGUGUCUGCACACGUGAGGUGAGAUAAGGAGUCUUCGGAAGAAGGAAAGGAGACGACUUCCAGCGGCGAAGAGGUUCCAGGUCUUCGAACAGACUGCAAGUAAACUUCGAGGCCUUCGCCAGUGGCGUACCGAUCUCUCCAGCGAUGGACGCCCUCUGGCAGUCCGGCGAAGUGCGCGCUCCGACAGCAGUGAUGAUAAUGCUGGUGUUGCUGGCGUCUAUCUUGGUUCCGCUGGUGGCGUUCAGCUGGAAACAUGUUGCGAUGCUCAUCCGCGCCUGGACGAUGCUGAGGAAUGUGCCAGGACCCCCGGACUGGAUACCCAUGGCUUAUGUGACAUCAGCCAAAAAUGCAAUCUCCAACGCCUCCUCCACUCCCGAAGAAUUCAAACUUCUGGCCCUGCAGUUCGUCAUGGGCUACGCACGGAUCUUGCAGACGAAUAAGGUCGCCUUAAGCAAGGUCUACAUCGGCGUCUGGCCCCUCCUCUUUCUCAGUUCAGCUGAAGCAGCCGAGGUCGUGAUGAAGAGCAACACGAUCCUGGACAAAGCCUUUCUGUACGACCUGUUCAAUUCGUGGCUUGGCACAGGCCUGCUCACCAGCCCGAAGCGCAAGUGGCGUGCCCGGCGCAAACUGCUCACGCCAGCCUUCCACUUCAAGCUUCUGGACGACUUCGUACCAGUCAUGGUGGAGCACUCUCGGACAUUCGCCAACCGCCUGCGCACGCUAUCCCAGCAACACCAGCAGGCGCCGCUCGACGUCGUGCCGCUGGUGUCGUGCUGCACCCUGGACGUCAUCUGCGAGACGGCCAUGGGAGUCUCCGUGAACGCCCAGGAAGACGAAGACUCUCCCUAUGUCCGAGCAGUCAAAGUCGUAUCGGGAAGCUUUCUGGAGCGCUUUGUCAGUCCCUGGAAGUGGGUCGAUGCCUUGUUCUUCAGCAACCCUACGGGAUGGAAUGUCAAGCGAAACGUCGACUACCUGCACAACUUCACUGAACGGAUCGUCCAGUCCCGCAAGAGCGACUACUUGGAAAACCCGCCAGUGAUCGGGGCCCCCGAAGAGGAAGCGAAUCGGCCUUACGGCGGCAAACGGCUCGCCUUCCUCGACAUCCUUCUCAUGAGCCACCUGAGGGAUCCGAGCUUCACCGUGGAAGGCAUCCGCGAGGAGGUGGACACCUUCAUGUUCGAGGGCCACGACACGACGGCGAUGGGCAUCUCGUUUACGCUCUACUUGCUCGGCUUGUACAAGCAGGUGCAGGACAAAGUUUAUCGGGAACUGGGGACCGUUUUUGGAGAAGACGUCGAACGAGCGGCGACUGUGGAUGACUUGAAGGAAAUGCGCUACCUCGAAUGCGUCAUCAAGGAGAGUCAUCGCUUGUACCCACCUGUCCCGCUGAUCGCAAGGAACACCGACGAAGACGCCGACAUCCUGGGCUACCGCGUACCUCGCGGCUGCAUGCUGGUGAUGCUCCCGUUCAUGAUGCACCGUGAUUCGCGAUUCUUCCCAGAGCCAGAAGAGUUUCGCCCGGAGCGGUUUCUGCCCGAGAACUGUGCCGGUCGGCACCCUUACGCUUACAUGCCCUUUUCGGCUGGACCGCGCAACUGCAUCGGGCAGCGAUUCGCCCUGCAAGAGGAGAAAGUGGUGAUAUCCACAAUACUGCGUCACUUCCGUCUUCACAGUCCUGAUCACCGCGACACCAUACGGCUCACGUGGGGGCUGGUGCUGAGACCGCUGGAUGGUCUCAGAGUGCAGUUCCUUCCGAGGAAGUCGGUGUAACCGUUUCGCGGGAGGGCAGCUGCACAUUGCCUGCGACAGACUGUGACGUCCA